AUGCUCAUAGAUGAGAGAAAAACGUCAGAAAUGCAGAAUGGGAAGCAAGCCACGCUCUUUGAAGCUUGGGCAAGGGGCGAGAAUAGAUCAUCAUCGCAACGAUCCCGAGAAUCGGCAGAUUUUGGGGAUCCUGAUGAUGACGAUGCCCUUCUCGCUAUGGUUCUUGACAAGAGUCUUAGGGAACACGAGGAAGCGGAAGCAAGGAAGAAACGAGGAAAAGAAACAGAGCCGCGACCAGGCCCGUCGGGUAUAUGCAAAAGUGCCCAACCUGCCCACAGUGAUUGUGGACAACCAGAGGAAAUCUUGCCUGGAUUCGACACUUAUGCAGGGAGGACUUGGAUCUACCCCACUAACUAUCCGCUCCGAGAGUAUCAAUUCACCAUCACACAAGCGGCACUCUUCCAAAACACACUCGUCUGCCUCCCUACUGGUCUGGGAAAGACCUUUAUAGCGGCAGUGGUGAUGUACAAUUUCUACCGCUGGUAUCCUCAGGGUAUGAUAGUCUUCAUGGCUCCCACCAAGCCUCUUGUUGCUCAACAGAUCCAAGCGUGCUACAACAUCAUGGGAAUUCCACAGCAGCACACUUGCGAAAUGACAGGAACCAUGUCUCCGGAAACUAGAGGAACUGCCUGGAAGACAAAGCGAGUGUUCUUCUUGACUCCUCAAGUGAUGUUGAAUGACUUAACUCGAGGGAUGUGCCCUGCAGAACGAGUUAAGUGUCUUGUGAUUGAUGAGGCACACAAGGCCCUGGGAAAUCACGCAUAUUGUCAGGUUGUUAGGGAAUUAUCAAAUUAUACCAACCAGUAUCGAAUUUUGGCCCUCAGUGCAACUCCUGGAAGUGACAUGAAAGCAGUUCAUCAGAUCCUGGUGAAUAUUCACAUCUCCCACGUGGAAUUGCGAAGUGAAGAUUCUCCAGAUAUCCAGCCCUAUUCCCAUGAGAGAAUUGUUGAGAAGGUGGUUGUCCCCUUGGGGGAAGAUCUCACCCUUAUUAGGGAUACAUUCCAUCAAGUUUUAAGACAGUAUGCCCAGAGGCUCAUAAAACAGAGCCUUGUCUUCACUCGAGAUCCUACCAACCUCACAAAAUUCCAGUUAUUGAAAGCACGAGAAGCAUUUAGGCAAGCUCCUCCACCACAGAUGCCGAGAAAUCAAUUUGGAAUCAUUGAGGGAGACUUUGCCAUCUGCAUGACAUUGUGCCAUGCAUCUGAGCUACUCCUCUUGCAUGGCCUAAGGCCAUUCUAUCACUUCCUGAAAGGUGUACUGGAUGGUGAGAAAGGGCAAGGACGAACAAGAACAGAGCUGCUGAGAAAUCCUAGUUUUCUUAAGAUGAUGGAGGACCUGGAAGGAAAAUUUAGUAGUGACAGGAAUGUCAUUAGACCAGGAGUCUUUUCUCAGUAUCGGGACAGUGUGCAUGAGAUCACAGAGAUGCUCAGCCAUUACCGUCCCCUAGUGAAGGCAAUGAGUUUUGUUGGCCAUUCUGGUGGAGCAGGUGGAAAGGGCCCCAAAGGUUUCUCUCAGAAAGAACAGAUGAUGGUAGUGAAGAAGUUCUGUGAAGGAGGGUAUAACACUCUUGUGUCUACAUGUGUUGGAGAAGAAGGAUUGGAUAUUAAAGAGGUUGAUCUCAUCAUAUGCUAUGAUGCUCACAAAUCCCCGAUUCGCCUUGUUCAGCGCAUGGGCCGUACAGGGCGGAAGAGGAAGGGUCGAAUUAUCAUGCUUGUUUCCAAGGGCAAGGAAGAGCAGGUGUACAACCAAGGCAUGUGCAACAAGAAGAGCAUCAACAAGGCCAUUGUUCACGGUGGACAGAAAUUGCAGAGUUAUCUCUAUUCAAGCAAUCCCCGAAUGGUUCCUCAAGGCCUCAACCCCAGUUGUCAUAGGAUGGAGAUGACAGUCCCAGAAUAUGAAUUCCAAGGCAAGGCAGGGAAGCAAAAGAUGUCUCCUAGGAAUUCGAGAAAUAUAGCUACAAUGAUGGCAGUGGCCAAUUCAAGGCGAAUGAUUAGCCAACUGCAGGCUUAUCUUAAUGAGGAGGACCUGGACCACUGGUCAAGAAACUUCAAGAUUCCACUGAAAGAAUACCUGUCACUUGACCGAAGUAUUUCAAAUACAUAUAUCUGCAGGGCAACAGGAACCUCUGAAGCCAAGAAGAAGUCACCUUCAAAAAGGGAGUUACGAGUGGACAAGUACUUGCCCUGGCAAACUACAUUGCAGAAACGUUUUCUCACUGGCCCUUCAACAACCAGUAAGAUCUUGACUGAGACCCUCACCUUCAUGGAUGUGCUCUCCACAGCUGGCAGUGAAACCUACAUGUUUGAAAUGCUCCCAUACCUUGAUAUGGAUGAUGUUUGGACAGAUCCAGGGAAGGAGGUGCAAGUGGAAACUGAGAAGCAACCAAGACAAGCUAAUAUGCAGAGCAGCUCUGUGAAACAAGAUUCAGCCAUUUUGAAGCUUGGGAAGCCUUCUUUGGAAGCAGUGCUUGAUGAUGUAGGAGAUUUUGAAGGAGAUGUGCAUAGAGAUGUCUUCAUUGUACCCUCCCUUCCCACUCAAGUUUGUACAUUCCAAGAAGUGAAGAUUUCUGGGAAAGAGCAUCAAGUCAAUGAUCUCUCAAGUGCUAUUCAUGCAUUCAUUGACCAUGUGUCUCAGUUCAAAGUGCUCAUCAAAUCCCCUCCUCCCUUGGUAGAUCCAAACACAAUGGAUGGAAGAGAUUUGUUGCCACCUGCAAUAAUUGACUCAAUUCUCAGCUGUGAGAGUCAGAUCUCCUCCCCUGUUGGCAGAGAUGCCAAAUAUUGUGUGGAUGAUGUGUUUUCACCACCUGUGAAGUCAACUUCAUCAAUGGCAUCACCCUCACCCAAGUUCAGGUCAUCCAGGAAGGGCAUUGUGUGUUCUACUCCCAAAGUCUUGCAUGUGACUCAAAUGGUCUUAGAUAAGACUUCAAGUGCCUUGGGUAUAAUCCAAAAUGCAUCCAAAAAUCUCUCAAGAUUUUGCCUAGAAUCUGACUCACUCUUAGGCAACACAGAUCUUAUCUGUGAUAUUUCAAGUGAUACAGUCCCACAAAAUGAGAGUCCUGUGCUUGUCAUUGAAAAGUCAGAUAUCUCAGAGGCAUCAGUGACAAAUGCUUGUCAAGUUGCAGUUAGUGAAGUUCACAGUAGAUCAAAAAGACCAGUGGAGAGCUCUCCAAAAGUUGACCAGAUGGAAGGUAAUGAUACAAACUUCAGUUUGGUAUUGGAAGAUUCUUUUUGUGAAGAUCUCCUAUGUGUCAGUCCCCCCAAACCUGAAUCCAUGCUAUCAGUCACACAGAUGAUCAAAAUUGUGAAUAAGUCUUCCAAUGGAAUAGGAUCUACAAUAUCAUCUAAUGCUUGUAUUGUUCGAGACCCUGAUGCUAGAUUCAAUCUUGUGGCUGGCUUCUUGGAGACCAGCUCAGAUGAAGAGGAAGAACAAGAGCUCAAAGAUAAAUUACAGCAGCAGAAUGUAGGACAUGAUGUUGGUGCUCCUCUGAAUCAAGGUGCAAAAGUGGCCAUCAUAGAACCCUUCAAAUGUUCCCCGAUCUCUAAGGUUGAGGAUGAGAGGUUGUGCAAGCUCUCAGUGAAGCGUUGCCUGGCACUGGAGGAAUCAGAUGAUGACAGCCCUGUGCAACGCAAGAAAUCUUGCAGGGUCCAGCGGCUCCAGCUUGAAUCUAGUCGUGAAAAUUCUCACCUGUCUGAGCCUGGAGCAAAUGAUGUAGAAGAAGAGCCAAAUGAAUUGGAUUCUGAUGAUUGGUUAUGGAGUGAUGUCAAGCCAGGUAGUGAAAAGGUGCAUAGAAACUCCCUGGUGCAUCAAUCUGGACAACACCAGCAAAAGCCAAAAAAAAAAUCUCGAAUUGCUCAAAGAAAGAGGAAGGAUAGAGAGAAAGGUGGAAGAGGCUUCAUUGAAGUGGAAGCUGAAGUUUCUUUUGAUGGAUCAAUCUGCAUAUCAUCAGAUGAGAGUGGAGGCAGUUCAUAUGAUGAAGAAGAUGAUACCCUUAUCAAUAACAACACACAGCUUUCCCAAGACUCAAUGAUAGACAUGCAGGCAGUCUACUUGAAGUCUGUUCGAAGUCCAGUUGGAGGAGUAGGAAAGUUCAAGCUGCAUCAUUAUGGAAAAAAUAAACCCAAAGUCAUGGAUUCUCCCUGGUCAUGUGAUGAAGUGGCUUCAUUUACUGAUGAAGAGGAUAGCUUCAUUGUGGGGAAUGAUGAAGUGGAAUACCUGACUGAUGAAGGCAAUGAUACCCUUGCCAUAGCUGAAGAAGGUUUGAAAAGUAAAAAGAGAAAGAGGAAAGUGAGGAGACGAGUCGCAAUUCCAUUGGACAGUUCAUUGGAAUCACCUGUGAAAUCACCAGAUAGGAAGAAAGGACGACUUUUGUGUCCCCACAAAGAAAGCAGCAAAGACAAUGCAAUGCCUGAUGAAGAUCAAUGUGGAGAAAAUGCAAGGAAUAUUGAAAGCAUUCACAUUGAAACUCUGAGGAAGAGCACAUGUUCUGCUGGGAAUGAUGCAGUCAAAGAGAAAUUGCCUGGUCAGAGAUUCAGGGAGGCUAAUGAAAAGCACCUGGGACCCCCAGUCAAUCAGUUUCAUCAUGGAGUGGAAUCUUAUGAACAAAAGAGUGAGACCCUUGGUACUUCAAGUAACAUGGACUUAGCAGAUACAUCAUUAGUUGACUGGCAAGCCUACGAAAAGAAUGUGAAUUCUGUGCUCACCCAAGUCACUCCAUUGGUUAUUCCCUCAAGUCAAGAAACCCUGAAGGUCCUGGUGGAGACUAGAGCUAUGAAUGCAGCUCCUAAGGUGGUUUCCUUAUUGAGGGUUAAAUUCCAUGCUGUGCCAAGUGUGGUAUCAAUGACGGGUGUGGACUAUGCCCUCAGUACCCGUGCUGGUGCUAUCAGGAAACUCUGGUCAGACUUCUGUAAUGGAUCACAGAAGCAGCGGAUUGUUUCACAACUGUGGGAUCUCUGCUUCCUGUUUGAUCGGCCCAUAUUGAUUGUGGAACAGGACAAGGGGAAGUUUGGUGACAAGCCUGCUGGGAGACUUCGAAGUAAGUAUGUAGAUAUGACCCUUGCUGCACUCACACAAACUCACAUCAGAGUUCUUCAUUCAGAGUCACAAGAGGAAACCAGUGAGCUGUUACAUGCCAUAUGUGAAUGGGAGAGAAAAAGUGGGCAUGGGUUGAAAUACUCUCUUGAGCUCACACCUCAACAGAAACAGUGGCUUGCAUGGUAUUUGAGUCUACCUCGUGUCUCAUAUCCAACUGCCCUCACUUUCCUCGACAAAUUUUCAUCUAUUUCACAUUUCAUCAAUUGGUAA